UGCAGCUCCGCGGGGUAGCGGCGCACUUUGAGGGGGGGCGCUGUCCUGGGGGCUUCACCACGCAUCCUUCGCCAUGACGCCAACGUACUCGCCCAGCGUGCACUUUAACAUCUGCUUGACGACGCCCUUGCCAUUCCCUGUAUGAAGAGCAUUCACAGAGUGUGGUCAGAUGAUGAAGCCCUGGAAGUAAUUUGAUAUGCCAGAGAACACGUAGAGCACUCAAACCAAUAUCCGCCAACGACUUUCAAUGUGACGGAUUGUCCGGCGGGUCAUGCAGUCAAUUCUCUCCGAGUCCCAGACUGGAGUAGGUACAUGAAAAGAAGCCGUGCAGAAAGGGUGGCAGGAGUGAGAGAGCUGCCUCUGCCACUGAGAAGGAUGUCACUUUUUCCAUCGGAUUCUGAGGAGGGAGCCGUCAAUUCACUAUUAAAGCCGAAGGAGAAGCAGCCGAUGGCUACAAAGGCGUUACCCAAGGAGGGAUCCUUUUUGUUGUGUGCCAAGGACGAGGUCACAGGGGAGCAGCUCACUGUUCGAGUUAGGGCCGAUAGGAUUGAUGCGGGGCGGGCGGAGGAGUUGUUGGAGUCUGAGUACAGCGAAUUUUACUCAGAACCUGAGGAAUCGGGCCUGCCAGAAGAGGCUCUGGGUGGCAUAGCGGGUGUGGUCGUACUCGAUGUUGACACAUGCUCGUCUGGACUCAAGAACUUUAAGCAGUGGCUGUGGAAGGGCAUCAGCUCGCUGACUGGCUUGGAUGAGGAGGAAAAGCGUGAUCUGCGUCGACUUGCGAAAGACCUUGAGAUGGGACAGCUGGAGCGCCAGCUUGCCAACAAGAAAGCGCGAGUCAGUGACGUUCUUCCAGUGCCAGUGCCCGAGGCGGGGGCGGCUGCGAGGGCCUUGUCUGAGCGCGACAACCAUUCAGCCGCUGCUGCUGACGAGCAAGGUCAUGACAGUCUGGUCACGGAGAAAAUUGCCAAGGACCUGGAUGGUGAAUAUGAUUCCUAUACUGCAGGGCUUGAAACAAUUGUGCUCGGGUAUACGCGUGCACUGAGUAAGCUGACCGUGGCGGAACUCCAGAGCUAUUGCAAGGCAUACAACAUCAACCUCCACGUGACCAAGAAGGAGGACUCUAGGCACAUCUUUACAAAGCGCUACUACACCAGCUUCGUCACCGCACCAGAGGCGGUGGAGCACUUUGAGGUUUCCAAUGGGCAGCCACUCGUGGCGGGGAAAGAAGUCGAGCAGACGCUACCAGCUCUCAGGCGCUGGUGGCCGUACAUGGAGAAGCAUGGUGUGAAAUUCUACGAGCCCCAAAUCACCUCCCAGACGUCGGGCAUUCAACUCCAGUCCGUCUUCCGCGCGAACCAAGGAGUUACGCCGCCUGUCACGCUCAGCGGAAGCCCUGACGUGAUCUUGUCGGGAAGGCGGCGGGGUGAUGAUGGGGAGUGGCUGCGGCCGGCCAUUUUUGAUGAUGAGGGCCACCGAACACCCCGGGAGGAUGGAACACUGACGAACUGGAAGACUGCGCUUACGAAGGAGGAACUGCGGCUCGCGCUGGAGGAGUCGCCUGCUGUCAUCGAGGCAAAACCAAGCGAUUCGGCCCUGGCGGCGGCACAGUUGUUUUCGGGAACAAUGUGCGCAAACGCGUUCGCAUCUGGACCGGUUAUCAUGGUGAGAACGGACUUCUUCCGGGAGUACGACAUCUGCGCUCCGGAGGACCGCCACCUCACGCUUUACAGGGACUUGCCGGCCAAUGUUGCUUUGCCGUUCAUCAUCAAGUGGCUCAAGACUCCGAAGCACCUGCUGCCGCAUCGGUGCGCAGCGGGAAGGCUGUUCAUAUGUGGAGCCUUGAUCGCGCUCGAACCGAAGCAAAGGAGACGGCAUUAGUUGAGCAAAACAAGGCCCUAAAAGAGUACCUCAAAUGAUAUUGGAGCCAGUGGUACAACGCGGCUUUUGCUUGGAGCAUGUUCAGCGUUUUUGGCACGAUUUGAUUGGGAGCCUAGAAGUGAAACGGCUUGUACAAUUGGCCCUCAAGGUCUGGCCAUUUGAUGUUCAUGCCUGGCGGCCGCUUAGUCAAUGACGUCAACAACCAAACACGUAUUAUGCACUGCGGUUGGUUGCAUCAACCCUGUCCAAGUGUCCAGGCUUUGCCAUCAUUUUUGAACCGGCUUCACCAAUAACAUCAUUAGUCGAUUCAAUUUUGAUGUAAUCCGCUACGAUUGAUUGCACGAACCCCAUCCAAGUGUCCGAGCAUUUGGAGGCAGCUUAGUCAAUAACGUCAACAAACAAACACGUAUUAUACACUGCGGUUGAUUGCACCAACCCUGCUCAAGUGUCCAAGC